UCUUCUCCAUUCAUACUCAUUUCUAUUCAUCCAAACAACAUUCACAGCCCCCUACAAGAAAAAAAAAAAACCGUUCUUAUCAUUUUCUUUCUUUGAAAUAUUCAUAUUGAUUAAUUCUUUCUUCAGUUACAUUGUUUUCUUGUUAAUAGAGAGAUUUUAGGAAAACAAUUAAGAUAUGGAGAAGCUGACCUUGACAGGCUUGUUGAAGAAGACUGCAACUGACUUCCCCAACAAUCGAGCUCUCUCUGUCUCUGGAAAGCUCGAUCUCACUCACUCUCAACUCCAACAACUCAUUGAUGAAGCCGCCUCUCUCCUCGUCGCCUCUGGAAUUAACCCCGGCGAUGUCGUCGCUCUCUCCUUCCCCAACACCGUUGAGUUCGUGGUUAUGUUUUUGGCAGUGAUUCGGUGCCGAGCUGUAGCCGCUCCUUUGAACUCGGCUUACACAGACGAAGAAUUCGAGUUUUACCUCUCGGACUCGGAGUCCAAGCUUCUCAUCGUGCCGCAGGAGGGAAUCAAAUCGGCUCAAGCCGCCGCUUCCCGGCUCAACAUUCCUCACGUAACCGCCACGCUCUCCGUUUCCGAUAUACCUAAAAUAGUUCUCUCUUCAAAACCCGACUCCUCGCCUGAAUCGGUCGCGGCCCUCGUUAACGAUCCGUCUGACGUUGCUCUCUUCCUCCACACCUCUGGCACAACCAGCCGCCCCAAGGGAGUUCCCUUGACUCAGCUCAAUCUCGCCGCCUCCGUUUCCAACAUCAAAUCGGUGUACAAGUUUACUGAGUCCGAUUCCACCGUCAUCGUGCUCCCGUUAUUCCAUGUACACGGACUGAUGACCGCGUUGCUCAGCUCUCUCCUCGCCGGCGGCGCCGUGGCUCUCCCCGCUGCCGGGAGAUUCUCGGCUUCAACGUUCUGGGCCGACAUGAUUGCGUACAAGGCCACGUGGUACACCGCGGUCCCCACAAUCCACCAGAUAAUACUGGAGCGCCACUGCAGCAAGCCCGAACCGGCUUACCCUAAGCUACGCUUCAUAAGGAGCUGUAGCGCGUCGUUAGCGCCGUCGAUAUUGAGUCGGCUGGAGGACACGUUCGGAGCGCCGGUGCUGGAGGCCUACGCAAUGACGGAGGCGAGUCACCUGAUGGCUUCAAACCCGUUGCCGGCGGAUGGGGUCCAUAAAGCAGGAUCAGUUGGGAAGCCGGUAGGUCAAGAGAUGGCUAUUCUAAAUGAGCAGGGCAUUAUCCAAGGUGUAGGUGAAAAAGGAGAGGUGUGCAUCAGAGGAUUAAACGUGACAAAGGGUUAUAAGAACAACCCUGAAGCUAACAAGGCUGCUUUUCAAUUUGGUUGGUUUCACACGGGAGAUGUUGGGUUCUUUGAUUCGGAUGGGUAUUUGCAUCUUGUGGGUCGUAUUAAGGAACUCAUCAAUCGAGGAGGGGAGAAGAUAUCACCAAUUGAAGUAGAUGCUGUGCUUUUGUCUCACCCUGGCGUUGCCCAAGCAGUCGCGUUUGGAGUUCCUGAUGAAAAAUAUGGGGAGGAGAUAAACUGCGCUGUAAUUCCAAGGGAAGGAAGCGAUAUAAAAGAGGAAGAUGUAUUGGUCUUCUGCAAGAAGAAUCUGGCAAGUUUCAAGGUCCCAAAGAAGGUUUUUAUCACUGACUCUGUACCCAAAACUGCUACAGGAAAGAUUCAGCGUCGCAUAGUUGCGGAGCAUUUCCUAGCUCAAAUUUCCAUGGCCAAAGUUCCAAAAUUUGGGGCUUAGUCAAUCAGAUUCAAGAUUCUUUCUCUACCUUAAAAAAACAAUAUAAGAUAAUUUCUUCAUGUGUUUAGGAUGGACAGAGAGUGUAGUUACGGUUAGUAAAAAUCGAAUUCAUCUUUUCCUCCUUUAGCAUGGAAUAAAGAAAUUUUGAUUUGCCUUUUUCUUUUUGUUUUUUUUAAUUGUUGGUGCUUUUACUUGGGAAGUCGCCGGUAGGAAAAAAGGGCAUUGAAUUUGUUGUACACCACGGGAGGUUGGCUUACGACUGGUAAGUAUCUCUAACGUGUUGAGUUUGAAGCCAUCGUUUGUGACCACUACUACGAAGCGUAUCUCUCAACGUGGGGCCUGAGAUGAACUUCAGCUUUUUCAGGCUAAAAUUCAUCCGGCGCCCAACACAAGCAAAAUUUUAGGCGAAAUAUGAUUGCAACAACUAAUUUACUA